AUGACCAACCCAGAGAAGUGUGCGAUAGGUAUGUCGGAGGCCAAGUACUUGGGGUACGUGGUGGGCCGGGGCCAAAUCAAACGUCAGGUCAAUAAAGUGGAAGUGGUUGCUGCCUGGCCAAGGCCUGAGAGGAAAACCCAACUCAGGGACUUCUUAGGCCUGGUGAGAUAUUACCGCAAGGUUAUCCCGAACUUUGCCACCAGAGCAGCCCCGCUCACUGAUUGCUUGAAAAAGCAAAGUCCGGACAAGCUUGUGUGGACAUUCCAGGUACAUGAGGCCUGGAAAGACGUAAAAAGUGCCCCGUGUAAAGCACCAGUGAUGAUAGCCCCGAACUUUGGUAUAUGGUUCAUCCUGCAGAUGGAUGCUUCAGGAACAGGCCUCAGUGCAGUGUUGUCUCAGGAGGUAGGUGGGGAAUAG